AUGCAGCCACAAAUGGCCCAGAACUGGCGCAGGGAAUGGCUCCUCCGUCUCUCGAGUAACACAAGUGACAUAAGCGUGUCCGAACGCAUGUACUGGUCACCGAAAACGGCCCAUUCAGAGCGAUGGUCAGCUUUUAAACCUCACAUCUCGGGGCGUGGCCUCUUCUGUUCUCCCUUUCUUCUUGUUUCCCAGUCUUCACGCUCUGACUUGAAGUCUGGUGUGGAUACGGAUGAUUUCCUCGGCUUCAACACCGACGCUUCAUCCGGAUUCGAUCUUUCGCUGCGCCUUUUUGAUAACCAUUGCAAUUACACAGAGGGUCUUUCGUUUGACACACUUGAUUCAGCGGUGCAAGAUGGCCCGGAAAAUCUACAACAAGGAGGCUACUGGGGGCUAUACGAACACGUUGACCGUUUCACUGGCCUUGCCUUGCAGGAUUCUCUUUGCAUGGGAUUGCCUGACCCACCGCAAGACCUCGCACUCGAUUCGAAGACACAGAUUUAUGGCGAGGCUUAUGAGGCUUCAUCUCCCCAAUGGUCUUUGAAUCAGAUGUCUACGCUCAUUGACUCUCCAAUUCAGCAUCUGAGCAACCCUCAGAGUCCUCGCUCCUUUUCGGAUUCCCCAAUCCACAACACGCCAGCCGGCUCCAGUGACUCGACCAUACAGAGCUCGACUCCCUCAGAAGACAACAACUUGAUCACCCCUGAGUUCAAGUCUUGGCACAUCUCAAGAAAAGUCACCAUGACCAACUAUCUUCUUAUGCUGGUAUUCCAUGCGCCAAGCCAGAUGAGCCCGGCUGCAAACAAUUUUUCAAGGACGAAAGAAGUCGGACACGCCACAGAAAACAGUCUUGCAAAGCUCUCCCGCAGCAAGUCUUCCAAUGCUGCUGCGGCAAAAGAGUAA